CCCAGCUCAGCUUUGGAUUCUCUCUUCUCUCCCCAGCUCCUGGUUCUCCACUCCCGGUGUAAGAAAUCAGUCCAGGCCCCCAACUGUGUUACAUGCUUCGGGUGCGAGCUGUGGUGAUGACCCGAGACGACUCGAGCGGGGGAUGGGUGCCCAUGGGCGGGGGCGGCCUGAGCCACGUCAUGAUCGGCAAGGUCCGGCGCCCAGAAGAGAGCGGGCGACGGCGCCAAUACCUGAUCUGCGGGGAGCGCCUGCGCGACCAGACCACCAUCCUGGAGUGCGUGCUGAAGAAGGACCUUGUCUACAACAAGGUGAACCCCAUCUUCCACCACUGGAAAGUCGGUGACAGCAAGUUCGGCCUGACCUUCCAGAGCCCCACCGAUGCCGCAGCCUUCGAGCGGAGCGUGCAGGCCGCCCUGGAGGAGCUCGCCGAAGGUUCUCUCUCCUCCUCCUCCUCCUCUUCUUCCUCGUCUCAGGAUGAUGCCGACAGGACAGAUGACGCAGGCUUGAUGCACACAGACAGCGAAUCCUCCUCGAACAGCCGGAAGGAAAUGCUCCCCAAACACAUCACCAUUGUGACCAGCGAGUCCUCCUCCAGCUGCUACAUCCGCUCGCCUGCCUCAGAGGAGUUUGCCUUCAGCACAGCCCAGGGGUCUACGCCAACCAGCCAGGGAGGGCAGGUGCAGACCCAGCCCCUGCAGCACGUGACCCUGCAUGAUGAGGAGGAGCUGGAGAGCAUCAACCCGUGCAAGGACCUGUGGGUGAGCAAGGGCUAUGAGGACUACAGGCGGGCGGUGGUGCAGAAGCGGGAAGCCGACCCCGACAAGGUCGGCAUGUGCGUGCACUUCGAGAAGGGCAGCAAGGAGCGCCGCUUCCCGGCAGCGGGGGGAGGCGGCGAGGGCCGCCUCAGAGACCCCAAGGGUUCCCCGUCCUGCCGGAUCCACGCCGCCCCUUCGCCCCCCAAGCAGAAGCACGCCAAGGAGCCGGGGGCCAGCGGCGGGGCGGGCUCAGAGGAAGACGCUGUGCCCUCCCGCUGCGUCUAUUGCCGGGACGUCUUUAACCACGAGGAGAACGGGCGGGGCCAGUGCCAGGACGCGCCGGACCCCAUCGGGCGCUGCGUCUACCAGCUCACCUGCAUGUGGUGUGCCGAGAGCAUGCUCUACCACUGCAUGUCGGACUCGGAGGGCGAGUACUCGGACCCUUGCUCCUGCGACCUAGGACACCCGCACUUCUGCGUCCGCUGGAUGGCGCUGGUGGCUCUCUCCCUCGUCGUGCCCUGCAUGUGCUGCUACCUGCCGCUCCGCGCCUGCCACUGGUGCGGGGAGCACUGUGGCUGCUGUGGUGGGAAACACAAGGCCGUGCGGUGAAGCCAGCUGGCAUGCGGCGCUCUUCUUGGCUUGGCUGGGGGGAAAGAGGCGAGGAGAUGGAGGCAGAGUCUUAAGUGGCGGCAGGGGGUCUGAUUCCCCCUUCUCUUGCACGCCCCACCCCCCGUGUCCCGUGUUUGGAGGGGGAGGGGCUAGGCAGUUUUAUUCCGAGUGUCGGGCGUGGCCGGUGAGUUUCAUUAUUUUUUUUCCUUUAAAAUUUCAACA